AUGGCGUCGGUGUUGAGCAGGGACUUAGCUAUCUGGGUUGUCAUCAUCGCAGUUGCAUACAUACUCUUCUGUAUUAUCAUCUACCGCGUCUACAUCCACCCCCUCUCCAAAUACCCUGGUCCUUUCCUCUGGAAGAUCUCCCGCCUCCCACAAACCUACUAUCUCUUCCGUGGCACUCUCCCCUGGAAAAUACACCAACUUCACGAGAAAUACGGCCCUGUUGUCCGCUUGGCGCCUAACGAACUCUCCUACACCACUGUUGACGCAUGGCACGACAUCUACACUCGACUACCAGAUAGGAGCCAGCUCAAGAAGGACCUCAGUUUUGCGGCCUCUGGUGCCUCGAAGGCAGGUGAAAAUGGCCCGAUGCUCGAACUUGAUGAUGAGCAGCAUGCUAGGUUGAGACGCAACAUGUCCCACGCCUUCUCCAACGCCAACCUCCGUGAGCAAGAACCAAUCAUUAUGAAGUACACAAACCAAUCCAUCGACCUCCUGAAGUCUCAAGCUGGCGAGCCCGUUGAUCUCAGCGAGAUCUUCAACUUCCUUACUUUCGAUAUCGCAGGGGAUAUGGUGUUUGGAGAUUCCUUCAAUUGUUUGACCAGCGCUACACUGCACCCAUGGAUCAAUUUCAUCUUCGCCCGCAUCUCCGGCGCUGCUCUCAUCAGCGCAGCCGCUAAGUUCUGGCCCUUCAGCUUCCUUUUCACCCCAUUCAUUGACAAGAAACUUUUGGAAGGCGACUUGAAGCACGCUACCCUUUCUAAGGAACGACUUGACGCACGACUGAAAAUUGACGAGGCUCGAGGAGACUUCACCACACACCUCCUAAGGAAGCUCAACGAUCCCCACGGAAUCAGCUAUCUAGAACUCGUUGAAACCUCCCGCAUGCUGAUCGUUGGCGGCGCCGAAACAACAGCCACCUUGCUCACCGGCUUGCUGUACUACCUCCUCUCCUCCCAAUCCCCCUUGACAAAGAAACCUUACCUCUUCACCCUAACCGCAGCAAUCCGCAAGCAACUCAGCUCACCUAGCGAAAUCACCUUACCUUCUCUUGAAACAAAAGAUCUUGCGUAUCUCUCCGCAAGCAUCAACGAAGGCCUCCGCCUCUUCCCUCCAAUUCCCGGCAAUCUACGCAGAAUCGUGCCUAAAGGCGGAAAGCUUAUCUCUGGUAAUUGGGUCCCUGCAGGAACGUUAGUCGCCGUUAAUGUCUUGUCCGCGAAUACGUAUUCUGGUAACUUUCUGUAUCCGCAUGAGUUUCGGCCUGAGCGGUGGUUCAAGGAUGCAAAGGGCUUUGAGGGCGAUAACUUGGGUGCUGUGAAGCCUUUCUCCCUCGGCCCACGCAACUGCAUCGGCAAAGGUCUCGCGAUCAUGGAGAUGAAGCUAAUCCUAACAACACUCCUCUGGCACUUCGACAUCGAGCUGGCAGAGGAGAGCAAGGACUGGAUGGACCGCGUUCGCGUCAUCGGGUUCUUCGUGAAGCCCAAGCUGAUGGUGAAGCUGAAGGAGAAGGAAGGUUCGGCUGAGGAGUUCCGUCAAUGGGAGCUAGCACACGGUCUCGACAACGCUGCCCCGAACGGAGCCAAGCUGGAAGUUGAGAGCUUGUAG